AUGUCCGUCACGCUUCACACUGAGCUAGGCGAUCUGAAGAUCGAAGUAUUUUGCGAAGCGGUUCCUAAAACCGCAGAGAAUUUCCUCGCACUUUGCGCUUCUGGUUAUUAUGACGGCUGUGUCUUUCAUCGAUCAAUCCCUAGUUUCAUCCUUCAAACUGGAGACCCUUCUCCCACCAAUCCUGGGAAAUCCCUUGGAACACCAAUAUACGGAGCCCCCUUUGAGGAUGAAAUCAGGCCGUCUUUGAGGCACAACGUUCGCGGCAUGGUUUCAAUGGCUAACUCCGGACAGCCCAAUACAAAUGGUAGUCAAUUUUUUAUCACAUACGCUAAACAUGCCCACUUAGACGGCAAGAAUACCGUCUUCGGAAAAGUUAUUGACGGCGCUGAAGAGGGCGGCACCUUGGAAAAAUUUGAGAAGCUUUUAGUUGACAGAAAGAACCGGCCAGUAGAGAAAAUUCAUAUCCUGAAAGUUACGCUUCAUGCAAACCCGCUCGCCACCCAAGGGAUCUACUCGACGUAG